AAGAGGAGAUAUUUUUCUUUGUCAACUCAGAUGUUCAGGUUUAUUUUGAUUCUCUUAGCUUUUUGAUUCCCAUUGUUAGAUGUGGUGUGCAAACAUUUACUUUAAGAUGUGGAUGUGGAUUGUGAUUAGUCUUAACAUCAUCUCAAAGCUGCAUGGGUAUUCAGGGGGUUACUUCCCAGAAGCAUGUGACUCAAUGUUACCCGAUCAUAAUGGUGCAGCUCCUCAAAACACAAAACCCCCCUACAUGGUUGAAUAUGUGCCCAGCAGCUAUCCUGGAGAGCCUGUUACAGUUUUGCUCAAGAGCGAGGAAUCCACAUAUUUUAGAGGGUUUAUGUUAGAGGCUCGAGAGGUUGCAGAUGAAACACGUCUUACUGGAAGAUUUGUUCUACUUGAGCCUGACAAGACUCAGCUCCUGACAUGCGGUGUUUUGGAAGAUUCAGCUGUUAGUCAAAAAAAUAAUCUCAAAAAAACUUUGAUCCGGGUUAACUGGACUGCGACAGAAGCAGAGCAGGACAUCAUGUUCAGAGCAACAUUUCUUCUUAAAAAGGUACAAUUCUGGGAAAAAGUGAAUAUCAUCUUACCUCAGCGCACUACUACUACAACUACUACACCAGAAACAUCUACUACACUGGAAACAUCUACUACACCAAACAUCUACUACACCGCAAACAUCUACUACACCAGAAACAUCUACUACACCGGAAACAACUACUACACCAGAAACAUCUACUACACUGCAAACAUCUACUACACCAGAAACAUCUACUACACCGGAAACAACUACUACACCAAGCACCACAAAGUACAACACCAACAUAGAAGAAGUAAGAACCCACAGGUGGAUUUGAUUUUGUAA